GUAACUUUUCUCACGCUCAACAGGAUAGUAAAAAAACAUUUAUAAAUUUUUUUAUUGCUUCUUUGUGAAAUUACUUGUACUGUAAACAUAUAGUACUUUGAUAUUUGAUUUACAAUUUGUUUGAUCCAGUUGAUCAUCCAUCUACCCUAUUUCCACCCUUAAGGGGCCCGCCACAACUUCAUCCCAUUGGCGUGGCAUAGGGAAAACCGAACGUCAAAAUAAGAAAAGACAGAGAAAGAGUGAAAAAGGAGGGAGGACACGAUGCCAUCAGCGCCGCUACCAGGUAAGGUCGCUUGCUACCAAAGCCCGUUAUUCCUGUACAAGCGUCUCUGUCGGGCCUCAGGGCAGAAGGCGGAGGUGCUUUACACCUCCAAGGACAAUAGCAAAACGGCCUUCCACAUCGUCAGCUACCGGAUGCCGAGCACCGCCCUCGUGGUGAAUCGAUGGUACCUCAAGGAGAAGGUCGAGUCCUCGAAUCGGAUGCGGCUGGAGGGGCUUUACGAGUGUGUGCUCUGUGCGUCCUGCACAGGGUCCUGCCCCCAGUACUGGUGGAACCGCGAGCAUUUUCUCGGACCGGCCGUCCUUUUGCAGGCCUAUCGCUGGCUUGUGGAACCGCUAGAUCGUGAUUUUGAUAAUCGAGUCCGGAUGUUCGAGCACGGGUCAUUAGUGAAUAUGUGCCAUAACAUCUUCAAUUGCAGUGUGACCUGCCCUAAGUUCCUCAACCCGGGGCUCGCGACAAAGGAGAUCAAGCGCCUGUCAUCACCCGUGACGAAGCGGGUCGCGCCGUCGGUAGAGUAUUCCUAG